AUGCCACGGUCGACGAAUAAUGCCUCGGACGAGCGCAGACUAUUCCCGACCUACGGAAAAUCGCAGAAUGAGGUUCGCAUCACUCCAGGGCAAACAUUCAACGGGUCGAAAUCCCGGGCGGUACAGAGACAUGCUUUCAAACCAGUUGACCGAAUAUCACAGAGAGGGCUCAAGGAUAGCGGUCCUGUGCGAGCUUCAGGGGCGUCGAACACAACCCAUGGUAGGCAGAAUUCACCAGUUUCUCGACAUCCUCUUAGCUCUCCGACAUUGCACGACGAUGAUAAUAGAGUUCUGAAGCGCAUGCGUCGUGCUCCUGAUCAAAUCAUUCAUUUAGUAGACGAUGACGACGUACAGGUUGUUGUGCGUUCACCUAAACACAACACUUCCCGCGCUAGACGCUCUCCUUCGGUGGUCAGUGUUGAGUCGGCAGCUUCAAAAAAUGAUAUAGUCUAUGAUCAUCAAGUUCCCCAAUCGGGAUACGAUAAGAAGCAUGCAAAGGCGUUUAAGAAAGAAAGACAGUCGCGAAGUCCUUUGCAAGAGAAUCAAUUUUCCAAACCUAAGAAAUCAUAUCAGGACAAGGAAGUACCUGCGAAUCACAAUGUGGAAAAUCAACAACACGAGGUCAUUUCAGAGGAUGACAAAUUUCGUCCAGGUUCAGAGGCUAGUGAAAGCCUUGAUGAGCUGCAGAGAGAUUUCUUAACAGCUUCUAAAUCUCGGCCCAUUCUCAAAAAAGCCAUUAGAACCGAGUUUCCUAUGGAAGAACCCCCCGAAACAGAUGACAGCAGAGUCAGCCGAAGAAAUUCUCCAAGUGAUAUUCCACCUACGGUAUUUGGUAUCUCAAAGAAGAAUCAUAAGAAGAAAAAGAAUAAGAAAGAAGGCAAGCCACACCGACAUCUGUUUAAUGUCAAAUUCUUUCGAUAUGGCGAUAUUGAAUUUAAAGAUCAAGACCUACGAUUAUCUAUUGACGAAAAGGAUAAUACUAUCGGUCUUCUCGAGCCCUUUUCCCAUGAAAGGAUACCGAUUCGUCGGGUGUCCUCGGUUCUGCGGGGUUCCAACGGCAAUUCGAAGGUCCGAUUCAAGCUAAGCAUGACAGAGGGUUCCAUGAAUCAAUCGGUGGAUCUAGAAUUCAGAAAUGACCAGGAACAAGCCCGACUUUGCGAUAUUCUUCAGAGGAAAGGCAUCACCACCGUGAGUAAAGAAGGGCCAUGGAUGGACAAGGCUUUUGCGAAUAUCCCCAAAAAUGAACCACGUCAUUUAAAACGGCCCAAUAUAGAAACCGUAGAAACGAGCUCUAAGGCUACAGAAGAACCCAGACAGGAUCCUGUCAAGCGUCAGAAAUUAUCAACAUCUUUGCAAGGUGAUAAUGGUGUCCAAUCGGGUCUGAAACAGCCUCCACGCCGAUUACCUAUAUCAAUUGAGACACCUUAUAAACGCCAAGAAGAUGGAUCAGUUAACAUCCCUGUAAAGAAACACAUCGGCUUUCGCGAGCAACGUGAAACCCGGUCAAAGGUACGCCAGAGCCUUGUCGACCUAAUCGACGACGAGCCAGUUUCUGCUAGUGAUCCAGUCAACGGUACACUGUCAGGGACGCUUGUCUAUCCACGUGAAGGAAGGCAUAAAGCAGAGGUUCAUGGCUCCGAUAUUGAGCGUCUGCAUGAUCCGGCGGAAUUCCUCAAUGAUAAUCUGAUUACCUUCUACCUUCGUUUCCUAGAACAUCACCUUGAACGUAAUAACCCUGAUGUUGCUAAACGGGUUUACUUUUUCAAUUCCUACUUCUUCGAAAUACUUACAAAGACUGCGAACGGAAAAAGGGGAAUCAAUUACGAAGGCGUUCAGAAGUGGACGCGAAAUGUGGACCUCUUCAGCCGUGACUAUGUCAUAGUUCCUAUCAAUCAAGAAGCUCACUGGUAUGUUGCAAUCAUUUGCAACCUCGCCUCUCUAGGAAAGCCUAAAGAGAAAAGCGUUGAGCCUGUGUCUCCGCCGCAAAGUAUUCCUGUCAGCUCUUUGAAACAGGUGGAAGAGAUCCCAGAGACUCCGCCUCCUGAACGAGUAGAUGCGCGUGAAGAGAAUACUCGUGAGUCAUUUGCUUCGAUGAAUAUAACCGAAUCUACUUCGAGUUCACAACAAAAGGGAGGUCACGAUUCUGAAGAUGACUGGCCAGAGAAGGAAGAAAACCAAGUUUCGCACCCUACAAAAAUUCGAAAUGAUGAGCCUUUUGGUGCUAUUGAGAUGGACACAGGAAAGGGAAAUGUAGACGAAGGCAAAAAUCCAAAACGAAAGGGGCCAAGUCUUUCAGUUGAUCAACCCACUAUAGUCACUUUUGACUCACUGGGGCUCUCAAGGCAACCUGCGAUAAAAGUCCUGCGGACUUACCUUAUUGAGGAAGCUGUUUCCAAACGGUCUUUGAACCUUGAUCCCAAGGAUAUUAAAGGAAUGACAGCUAAAGAGAUUCCUUUGCAACCAAACUUUUCUGACUGCGGUCUUUAUCUGCUUGCUUAUUUGGAAAAGUUUGUGCAAGACCCUGAUACCUUUAUGCAAAGACUUUUGCGGAAACAGAUGAGCGCAGAAGGCGAUUGGCCAGCGCUGAAAUCUGGUCUGUUAAGGCAAAGGCUUCGAGGUUUCCUUCUCAGGCUCCAACAGGAGCAAAAGGAUUCAGCCACAGAAUCGUUAGUUGAUGUACAACCGAUAUCAUAUCUCCUCGGCCCUUCUGCUUCCAAGGCACUUGAAACUACAGAUCAGCCUUUAAACGCUCUCCCGCCUGCAGAGGCCGAAGUGGUACCCGAGCCCGUUCUGAGAGCCAGGGAAACAUGUCAGGACGAAGAUACAGCUCCAAACUUUGAUGAAAUCGAAGUUAUUCGGGAAACCCAGCUAUCCCAGCUUCAAAAUGCUGAAUCAGCACCUGCACUCCAGGAAGUCCCUACAAAGACAGAACCAAAUACCACGCAGCCAUACGUCGAAAAGAAAGACACGGCAAAGAUAAUCGAAGAGCCAAAGACACCAGAGCCCAACCCCCCUGCUUUGAAAACCGAGAAUUCUAGUCUGGUGAUUGUUUCAUCCCCGAAAUCGACACGCAAAGGGAAGAAGAAACAUUCUUCGUCAGAGAUCACGCAGUCACCAAAGCAUAGCAAACACAAACAAACCAAAUCCGAUUUAAUAUGGGACGAGAUUGGGAAUUUUCUCGCUGCUGAUGAUCCAGUGCCGAAGAACAAUGUGGUAGUAGAAGUUCCUAGAGUCCAGGUGCCGGGAACACCACCGCCAGUAGGGAAUGCUGGAAAAGCCAUAGCCAGCCCUCGACAAUCGAAGUCGAAAAGGAAAACUAACUAG